CAUUCAAAUAUCACCGACACAGCAAUCGAAGACGGGAAGUGCAAAGGAAAAAAUUUUAUCCGUCGGUCGGUUCGACAAGUGAUCAGCAAGGAACCGUCGAAACGCCGAGUAGGGUGAAAAAAAUCUCAACCCUUUCCAGGGAUAAAAAAAAAGCCGGAAUCGUUCGGGUAAUGGCGAACAAAAUGUUACGAAAUCGUUUCGACUGUGUCGGAUUGAUGGUGGCCGUCUGAAAUUUGUCGUCAAAUCAGUGUAAAGCGAAGGAAUUUCGCAUUUCAAAGUUCAUACAGAAAUGACGUAGAUAUGCAGUUUGGCUGGAGUUCAUGGUAGCGGGUGGAUGCAAGAGGUUUUUCUUCUGAAAAGUGCAGUGUUGAUUGGGCAAAAUGUGAAAAUUGCGUAAAAAUUCACAAGUUCGAUGCAUUCAGCUGCAUCCAAUUGUAUGGUAAAAGUGUAAAGUCAAACGUUUAAUGAUUAUCGGCGGAAGAUUAAAUAAGGCAAUGAUUUAAUUUAGCAAUAAACAAACCGACUGGAGACCUACAAAGUCUGAUUUUUGCCCAUUGCAAGCAAGUUUUGGUGUUUUAUCGGUCAAUCGUGUUUGAAUGGACCAUCCUUUUCGACCAACCUUUAAAACUACCCAAAAACAAAAAAAAAAUUUGGUAUUAAGAUAGAAAAAAAAAUGAAAACAUAAACAUUGUUCAAAAACGCCAUUAAUCCUGUAUCCACACCAGAAACAGCUAGAAGGUUCGCGUCUAUGAUGGAAUGAAUAGCUAAAAGGAAAAUAAACAAUCCCCCAUGGUCGGAAGCCAUCUUGGAACAUUUGACGCAAUCAGUGCAUCCCCUUGUGUGCCAACAUAAAAGUAUAGGUGAAAUAUUAUUCCAAGCAAGACUGAUUACGAAAGCAGCCUCUCGCAGUUGUGGCAUGGUGGUAUGGGUGUGAAGUAAGAGCUCAGUGCAUCCUGACGAAGCUCGCGGGUGUUGGUGUACGACACUGUAAUACACUAAACAGCUGCUACGCGUUAUACAGUAAUAGGAGCAAGGGAGGGUAUCGAUUUUUCCUUUUCUGCCGACCGACUCUAGAGCCGAGGGUGCGUGUGGAAAACCGGCGGAACACACCGCGGGCUGCAUUUUCUCUUCAUUACAUUAUUCGGUCAUUCGUCCGUUUCUCGGCGAUUCGUUGACGGAAGAGAACAGCACCACCUAAACUCUCACACAGUAGGCCACCCAAGUAUUGAAGUCGUUUUCUGCUAGGAUUCGCUAGGGAAGUUAGCAAUUACAUUGUAAUGCACACACCUCCUCGCGGUGCUGCAGAGAUACCCGUUUUCUAUUGCAACUGCACCAUACUGGAUUGCUUCGAUUCGUUCCGCAAAGUUAAUCCUUUUUGUCCGGAACAGAGAAAUCGAAUUUUGACACAGUUUCCCGAACGUACGAUCUCAAAAGACUGAUUUUAGUAGUUGGCAAAAUUUCUAGCUGCAGAUUGUGUGACUUUUAAGUGUUGUAAAGUGUUACCGAAAAGUUACCAGAGGAGUUCUCUACGACGCUUAAGUUAAAGGUUUUUUUUUGUUGGUGUAUGAAAUUAGUGAAAAUUUAUAUGCUUACUGAAAGCUAGUGUAAAUAUUAAUAUUCUCUAGAAUAGUUAGUUGAAAAUAACUGUGUUCAUAGUGUUAGGAGUUCUAAUCAACAAUCAAAACUAGUACAAAUUAGUUCGACACUAUUACCAGCUGUGUUUAGUUUCAUAAACUCAAACAACUAUUUCGAGUCUAGAUCUUAUCUUUCUAAACAAAAGUAGCAGUACAGUUUAUCACAGUGCACAUAACGGUUUGCAGUUUUCUGGCACAAAAAGGAUAGUGUAGAACAGAGUUUUUUUUCUUUCGAAGCAAAUCAACUUUUCGCGGAAGCAGCAAUCGUUACACCAUCAUUCCAAAGUGGCGUCUCCAAGCGAGCCCCCUCGCGGAAGCAACUCUUCGUCACUAGCCAACUCGUUGGUGUCUCUGGACGGGAGAAGUCCAUUGACACCAACCAGCCCGACAGCAACGACGGUGGCCGUGGCAGUGACGGAUACAGCAACGUCAGCUGCAACGGUUGCUACGUCACUGCUGACGACAGAAGCACGCAACGUGCCAGGAACGUCAUUAUCAUCAGCAGUAGCAGCAGCAGCAGCAGCAGCAGCAGUACCGGGUACUGGUAGUGAUUCGACGCAGCAAGUACUUAUCAUUACGGCUCAUCAUCAUCAUCACAGUCAACAUCUUCAGUCGCAACGACAACAACAACAACAACAGCAGCAGCAGCAACCGCAACUACAAUCGGGUCAAACAGCACAAAAUAUUGGCAUUCAGCAGUCCUCUACCAGUCACCAACUUGUGCAAACACCAAGGGAUAUCAGCUCAUCAGGAGUCAUGACAGCUUCCCAAUAGUAGCAGCAAAUCAAAACAAUGCUUCGAAAAAUAUGGACUAAGUGUAAACCUGGGUAGCAGCAGUCUUCAAAAGUGAUCACAGUUUUCGAUUCGACUAGUUUUGUGUCUGUGUGUGGGUGAGUUGUGAGCGCCGAAUUUCAAAAAACCUCCAACAACAACAACAACAACAACAUCGUAAACAAACUGGCAAUCUUAGAUGAAGUGUUUUUAUCAUAAGUCAAAGUAUAAAAACUGAAACCAAGUGAGAGAUUCCAACCUCGUCUCGAUGACGGUGAGUGAUGUAAGUUUUUAAGUGAGUCUGCUGUCGGGCACCGGUCAGCCGUGGAUGGAAGCAGAGAAGAAAGUUUUGGCUGCGGCAAACCGAAAUCGAAAGUGAAAUUUUUUGAUAACUACCACAUCAAGUCCGAAAUGUGUUCGACGCUGCGGCAGCAGUAGCAGUCAAACAAUCAAACAAACAACCACCAGCAAAUUGUGUUCCCCCCCUACCACCAUCUCCUUCGUUGUCGAAAACGUCCGAGCAAUCUAGCACGUGUCACGCGUCCAUACGCGAGGGCAUACUUGGGUACCGUAGGUGUAUUGGUGCACGUGUCGGUUUGAGCGAACGAACAGCCGAAGCGGCUAGCCAAGAUAACAGCGGCAACCGCGACGCACAGGAAACUUUGUCGUUUUGAGUUCGAAAAGGCAAUAACAAAAGCUAACCACGAAUUGGCAUUCAAAUCGUAAGAAACUGUGUGAAAAUCAGCAUAAUCUACUAAUUCCAAUUGUAGGAAAACACAUAAGAUAGCGACGUUGUGUGCAUUUAUUUACAUGCUCAUCUAUCAAACUUCACUUUUCGGUUGUUCGCAAAUCUUUGGUUGCGCCAAAAGUUACGCCGACUGCGAUCAUAAUCGCGCAAAAAAAAAAACGAAUCCCUGAAGCCAAGAAACACAUUGACAAAAGCAUACCAAUUUGACGUUUCUUAUGCAAUCAAUAACAAAAAAUAACCAGUUUGCGAACAUAUCCAUUGGGCUGCAAUCAGCUCGGGGUUCAAUACACCGAUUCACCGAUUUGCAACUCGGGGUGGGCAAAUAGCACAGACACCUCAUAAUAAUAAUAACCUUUCCGUUUGCUAAUGAAUCAAGAGAGUUCCGCGGAAGACGAAAACGAAGAACGAACAGAGUAGCUGCCGUAGUCCACAAAAUAAUAAACGUGUACGUGUGUUUUCGUAUGUAUGCACAAGCAUCCGUAGACUUCUCGUAGACUCGAACACACCCUCGAAGCCUGAUCCGGUCGGAAAAAUAUGCUUUUUACAUAAUCCAACAAUCUGUCCAUAAUCAUGUUUAUUCAUACAAACAAACCGAAGAAAAAAAGAAAAUUUUGAUACUGUGACGAGGCGAAGGAAAACGAUCAUCCAUGGGUGGUGCAGGUGAAAUUUUACACACUGAAUGAAAGGGCAAUCAAAGGGAGAAACGUAACACGUGUGUUGGUGCACGUGGAAGCAAACUUUAAUCACUGUGAUAUCUCUCCAUCGAAUUCGGCAACCUUGCACCGAAAAAGGGAAAACUUAUUUUAUCCAUCAAAUAUUUUCCCUGUUGGUUUACCGCGCGCAUCGUUCACAGGAAGCAUGAAUUCGAAAGUGAUCGUCAGCCAGUGAAAGAUAAAAUGAUUUGAAGAAAAUGAUACUAACGGUCACCGUUUACCAACCAGUGCUAUAUACUGUGAUUCGGUAAGGGCAGGAAAAUUGUUUCGGAAGUGCCCUUCGGGAAAAUGUAUGUAGAGAGCGAUAAAGAGAGCUAAAUCAAAACCGAAAGUGAAGUGUUUCAUUUAUCGUUUUGUUGGAUUUUGCUUUGUUUUUUUUUUCCUUAAGUAGUGAUUAAGUGUUACAUCAUUUUUUAUUGUUGUUGAAUUUUGACCACGAAACCACAGAGUGAUUGGGUGAGAGUAGCUGAUCGGCAGCUGAUAUCAACGAUGUUUACUCCGCGGAUGUUUGAAAUGUGGACUAAUGUCACCUCGAAACUGGAGGCACACAUUCCUAUGCAAACCAAUGUUCAGCAGACUGCGGUACAGAACUCGUCCAGUGGAUCGAUAAAAGCGCAAAUCGAAAUCAUCCCCUGCAAAGUAUGUGGCGACAAAUCAUCCGGAGUACAUUACGGCGUAAUAACGUGCGAAGGCUGCAAAGGGUUUUUUCGUCGCUCCCAGAGCUCAGUGGUCAACUACCAGUGCCCCCGGAAUAAACAGUGCGUCGUAGAUCGGGUCAACCGGAAUCGCUGCCAGUACUGUCGACUGCAAAAGUGCCUAAAGCUUGGAAUGAGCCGCGACGCGGUUAAAUUCGGUCGAAUGUCGAAGAAACAGCGAGAAAAAGUAGAGGACGAGGUACGGUUUCAUCGAGCCCAGAUGCGAGCCCAAAGCGACGCAGCGCCCGACAGCUCAGUGUUUGACACCCAGACGCCCUCGAGUAGUGACCAACUGCAUCACGGCUACAAUGGGUAUGCGUACAACAAUGAAGUUGGCUACGGCAGUCCCUAUGGCUACUCGACAUCGGUUACCCCGCAACAGACGAUGGGCUACGACAUCUCGGCAGACUACGUGGAUAGUACAACAACUUAUGAACCUCGAAGUACGAUAAUAGACUCAGAUUUCAUAAGUGGACACAACAAAGACAGCUCACCCAACCAUCGAGCAAUAACGCUAAACGAUAUUCGUUUGGCACGAGUUCAACAGACUGCAACGACCCCUGCCAACAGUACAGUAGUUGGCGGUGGUGGUGGUGGAGGACAACAAUCACAGCAGCCAGGUCAACAGCAAACACAGCAAUUGACUCAGCAGCCGAAUCCUAACCAACAAACAGCAAUAAGCACACUCCCUAGUCCAACCACCGGAAAUAACAACAACAGCACACAUAGUACAAUUAUUACCAUCAAACAAGAGCAACUAACGAACGUGGACAACAUUGUGGGAAGCUUUGUCGAUUCGACUACCUUCCUACCAUCACCGAACAGUCAACCGCAGAUGGUCAAUCCAAAUAUGGUACAAACCAACGUCUCGAACGGUCAAGGGAUGGCACAAACUGUAGUUUCCGGAUCAGUUGAAGUCACAGGUAACAGCAUAAGGCGUAGCGACUGCUGCCAACAGAAUCCCGUAUCUACGGUCGGCAAUGGUACCGGUGCUGGUGGGCCGGAUGGUAUUGGGGUGCCCCCGUCGCACCAUCCAAGUCAAAAUACACCGGUUUCGUUCGGUGAGGAUGAUAGCUCCUGCGAUUCACACUCUAAAUGGGCCGAAGGCGACAUCAAUGACGUGUUGAUAAAAACCCUUGCGGAGGCACAUGCGAAUACCAACCACAAGCUGGAGAUAGUGCAUGAAAUGUUCCGAAAAUCACAGGACGUCACCCGCGUUUUGUACUACAAGAACAUGAGCCAAGAGGAACUAUGGCUGGAUUGUGCGGAAAAACUGACAGCCAUGAUUCAGCAAAUCAUCGAGUUUGCCAAGCUAAUACCGGGUUUCAUGCGACUAAGUCAAGACGAUCAGAUUCUCCUGCUAAAGACCGGCUCGUUCGAACUUGCAAUCGUUCGCAUGUCUCGACUGAUGGAUCUCUCAACCAGCUCCGUCCUGUACGGGGACAUUAUGCUACCGCAGGAUGUGUUCUACACGUCCGAUUCAUUCGAGAUGAAACUGGUGGCGUGUAUAUUUGAGACUGCAAAAAGUAUCGCCGAGCUGAAACUGACGGAGACGGAACUGGCGCUCUAUCAAAGUCUUGUCCUGUUGUGGCCUGAACGGAAUGGUGUCCGGGGUAAUACGGAAAUCCAGCGAUUGUUCGAGAUGAGCAUGUCCGCCAUACGACAGGAAAUCGAGGCGAACCACGCACCGCUUAAGGGUGAUGUGACGGUGCUUGAGAUCCUGCUGAAUAAAAUCCCAACCUUCCGUGAACUCUCCAUCAUGCACAUGGAAGCGUUGCAAAAGUUUAAGCAAGAUCACCCGCAGUAUGUGUUCCCAGCACUGUACAAGGAGCUCUUCUCGAUCGACUCGCAGCAAGACCUCAUGACAUAACAGGAUCACCAGCAGCAGUCACAACUUCCGGAGCAAAACUCGGAUCGUGUUUCCUUACCUGAUGCAACCGAACAAUACCCCCCUCAGCAGAACCUUCAACGCCAUCACUCGCAUAAUCAUCAUAGCCAACAGCAACAACAACAACAAGAGCAAUAUUUGGGAGAAAGUAGUGUACUGAACGAAACGGCGGAGGGCGGAAAUCAAAAGAUGAACACCUCAGUAGCCCCCGCAUCCGUUCAGGUCAGCGACAACAACACUUUCAUCAUCAUCAUACAGCAGGACGGGGAGGUCGUAACUCAAACCAAGUAGACUAGCAACCAUUUUUUACUCGUGUAUAACGACAGGCACUUGUUUGCCAUACCACAAAACGCUAAAUUGAACCGGUUGAUUUUCGAAAGUUCGGCACUGUCGAACGGGUUGCAUAGGUUUAGGCAAUAUGAUCCAAGCAAGCGACGGCAGAUGCGUGCCACUUUCGGUGAAUGGGAAUAUUUAGGUGCGGUUCGCAAGCAAAACGUUCGAAACGGUUGUUUAAUGUUUCGUGCGUUUCGAGCAAUGGACACUGUUACACACACACAAAAAAGGCAGUUGUCGAUUGUAAAAUUUUUUGAAAGCACUAUUUUCCUUUCCGCCACAUGGCAAUUUUGCGGAAUUAACGCAAAAUUAUCGUAAGUGAAACAUUAGUGAAUAAAAUAAACAAAAAGCGAUAGUAAUUGUUGAUGUAAAUGAAUUUAAUGAUUGUUAUAUUAUUUUAAAAGUUUUAAUUUAUAUCUUUUUGUUUUUUCUCUUAUUGUCUUCUUGAAAGAUUAUUAUUUUUAUUUUUAAAAGUGGAAGAAAAAGAACAGAAUGAUGUAAUUUGUAGGUAAAUUUAAAUAUACUAGAAUGUUAAGUUUAUUUUUACCGAAAGUAACACAAAUAUUGGACACUCAUACACAGCAAGGCCGUUUCAUGGCGGGUCGAUUUGUAUAAUUUUAAAUUGUCGAAACACAACUACGAUUUCUCUUCAUUUCUUCUUUCGUUUGUUUUUUAUUUUCAUUUUUCCUUUCAAAAGAUUUUAAUUUUAUUUACAUUUUCUCCGCGCAAGUUGGAAAAAGCAUUCGAAAGUUUUAAUUUAUAUUUGCACAUCGCCAAUGAAAAGAACCGUUUCGUCUUAGGUUUCAAAGGUAGGGGUAAAGACUUGAAGAGAAAAUGAUAUAAUGCAAAAAUAGAAUCUCUUUCGGCAUCGUUCUGUUUUUAAAUAGGUUAUAUUUUCCAUUUCUAUUGGAAAAGUUAAAAACAGCAGCAAAAUCACCAAGAAAAAGUAGCAGCCUAACAGCCACAACAUUUAGAACAUUUCCGUACUAAUAACUUUAUUUUCUACAAAACAAAUACGCAACUAUUGAUACUGUUCUUUGAUUUAAGAAAACUAAUCAAAAUAUCGUCGUUAAUUUUUGAUUGAAUCCAAAAGCAUAACUCAAACCACAGCACAUACACAAAAGAAUUUGACGCAGUAUUAUCAAAAAAAAAUAAAAAGUAGGCUGAAAAUUCUGAGACUAUUAAAGCAAACCUAUGCUUUGGGACGUUUUUUUUUGAAGUUAUCGAUUUCCAGUUAAAACAUGCGUUAGAGAAUGUUGUAUUCAGAACUGUAUACCAGUUUAAGCAGCCCAGUUUUCAAUUUCUGUUUGUUUAAGAAUGUGUUCCUUUCGAGUAAAAUUUUAACGAAUUCUUGUUUUUGAAGUUUUCAAAAAAAUAUUACUUUUAUUACAAUUCAUCUCCCACGUGUUAGUGUAGAGUCCUAAAGUCAACAAAAGAUGUUGGCUUUCUUUUAACAAGUGAAAUAGAAACGAACAAACUCUCUCUAACUAUCUCUUUUCCUCCAAACAUAGUACAUCCCUUAAAUUCAGCUAAGAAAAAAACAGACAAAACUGUUAACUGGUAAUUAUUAGAGAAAAUUAACCCCUCCAUAGGACAUUGUAAGAAAAUUGAAAUAAAAAAAACCGUACUGAAUUUAGCAUUAGGUUGACAUUCUAAAUAUUUUGGAACACAUUUUCAAAAUUUUAUCAAACGAUCCCGAUGAACUAUUGGAAAAUAAGAGCAUGAAAAAAAAACCCGUUUCGGAGCAGGGAGCGGAUAGAGAGACGCGCGCACUGAUUUACUACUAGGAAACAGUAAGAUGUUUUUGUUCUUAAGUUAAUCGCAAAGACUUUAAUAGCGGAGCGACGGCUAGGCUGAAUCGGUAAGAAAAUCGCACACUUCCAAACACGGUUACACAGAAGACGAAUGGGAAGGAAUCGAGUCCUUUCUUUUUUUUUUGGAAGUGGUUUGUCGAAUGCAACCAUUCAGUGGGAUAGAUGCGGGACGCGAAAAAGUUACACGGUUUGCAGUAGUUCUACUGCGGCUAAAAAUGAGAACUUAUAAAUGUAUGGGUGCUUCUAUAUAUAUAAAAGAAUGAUAAAAUUAUAUAUAUUUAAAACAAAAGUAUAAACUAAAACAAUUACAGAAGAACGUUUAAAUAAACAAAAUUACACACACAGACACAAAGAAAAUCAUAGUUCUGAAACGGUGAGAUAACCACAAAAAAUGAAGAAAAUACAUACACACAUGUUGAAACGUAAAUCGAAUAUAUAUAUAUAUUAGCACGGGAGAUGAGCCAGCAAUUGGACGGACUGGACACAAACAAACACAAAAAAAAACAAAUAAACAAUGACUGUAACAUUUUCGCAUAAAAUUUGACUGCCACGAGUCUAGCUGCUGGUCUGUCCCCGUCUUCUUUUCAUGAAUGUAAGAAUUAAUUGCCUUAAAUGAUAUAUAUUACAUAAUAUACAAUACAUACAAGUUAUAUUUAAAAUGCAAACAUGAGAAUAACAAUUAAAAGGCGAGAAAGCAAAAUGGAAACUCUCUCACACACAGACACACAUGAGGUAAACAAAAACAUGAGAGGAGAAACACUUAGAAAUAAUUGAUUCUUUUUUCUAAUCAUAAAUUCAAAGGAGUAAUUCGUCAUUACGAUAAAAUAAGAAUAGUUAUAUAAAUUCUAUACAUAAAUAUAACACCUUAAUUUUAGGCCGAUGAACACAACUGAGGAAAACAAGAAAAGUCUAAUAUAAUUUAAAUUAAUUUAAUCUGCAGAUUCUAUGCAGAAGUUAUGAAUAAUUAUAGAACGAGGAAAACACACGUCUCGUAUGAAUUUCAUGGAACGCAAAAAAGCAAAUCUUAAGAAAACAACAAACAACAUAGAAAAAAUAGCGAAAUUCGGGUAGGUUUUAAGUUUCACACUGAAUAUUAUAAUCUAUUAUACAUAAUAAUUAUAUUGGUCGAUUAAUAAACUGAUUAAUCCUUA